AUGGUGCUUAGACUGUCAUUUGCGUGCUGGGACUACGAUCGGAUGAAAGCCAUUGAAGAUGGCAGGGUUAGAGCGGAGGGAAUUGAGCUCACCUUCCUCAAUUAUCGGGUCGAGGAGACCUUCUUCCGCCAACUUCGAUUCCAGGAAUUCGACCUCUCUGAGCUUUCCUUGUCUUCUUAUGUUCUUACCUUGAACCAAGACAGUCCACCCUUUAUCGCCUUACCGGUCUUCCCCUCACGUUUCUUCCGGCACCAGUCGAUGUAUAUAAAUUCCAAGGCCGGCAUCAAGAAACCCGAAGACCUGCGUGGGAAACGGAUCGGGACUCCAGAGUAUCAAAUGACAGCAGCAGUCUGGCAACGAGGCAUCCUGGCUGAAGACUUUGGCGUCCCUCUCUCCAGUGUACACUUCUACACUGGUGCCAUUGAACCGUCGGACAAGCCCCGACAUUCCAAGGUUUCGCACAGCUACCCGGCCGACAUCAAAGUGACCGCGAUCGAGCCUGGCAAGAACCUGUCGCAGAUGCUUGCUGACGGCGAGCUCGACGCCAUCUUCAGCGCCACGAAGCCCUCGUCCUUCGACACGUCCCCGGAAACGGUAACACGGCUGUUCGACGACUUCAAAGCCGUCGAAGCAGAGUACUAUGCACGCACCAAGAUAUUCCCAAUCAUGCACGUCGUGGCCUUGAAACGCAGCGUGUAUGAUGCUAACCCGUGGAUCGCUAAGAGCCUGACCAAGGCCUUCGCCAAAAGCCUGGAGAUGGCGUAUGAGCCCUUGAAGGAGCGGGCGGCGCUGCGGUACAUAUUGCCGUGGCUAGAAGACCACGUUGAAGAGACGAAGGAGCUGAUGGGUGGUGAUGACCGCUGGUGGAAGGACGGGUUUGAAGCGAACAAGCACGUGUUGGACAAGUUCCUGCAGUAUUCAUUUGAACAGGGGCUGGCUCAGAAGAAGUUCAAACCCGAGGAGCUUUUCGCCCCGAGCACGCUGGAGGACUUUGUACUGUGA